AGAUGUUUUAGAAUCGAGGUACCGGCGGCUGCGUGUUUCCGGAAGACGUGGCGGCUGCUGCCAGGGUUGCUUUCCCUUAUAUCCCCCCGGCGCUAUUGGCGUUUCCCCCAAGCCGCUGCCGCCACCGCCACUGCCACCACCGCAGCCAUGAUCUCCUUAACGGACACGCAGAAAAUUGGAAUGGGAUUAACAGGAUUUGGCGUAUUUUUCCUAUUUUUUGGAAUGAUUCUCUUUUUCGACAAAGCACUACUGGCUAUUGGAAAUGUAUUAUUUGUGGCUGGAUUGGCUUUUGUAAUUGGUUUGGAAAGAACAUUUAGAUUCUUCUUCCAGAGACACAAAGUUAAAGCUACAGGAUUUUUCCUGGGUGGUGUAUUUGUAGUUCUUAUUGGUUGGCCUUUGAUAGGCAUGAUCCUUGAAAUUUAUGGAUUCUUUCUUCUGUUCAGGGGAUUCUUUCCUGUGGUGGUUGGCUUUAUUAGAAGAGUGCCAAUUCUUGGAUCCCUCUUGAAUUUACCUGGAAUAAGAUCACUUGUAGAUAAAGUUGGAGAAAGCAACAACAUGGUAUAACAGCAAGUGGACUAAAGAUUACAUUAAAACUGCAUUAUUUACAAAAGCCCCUUUGAAGAAAUUCAGCACAAAAUUAAAUUACACAAAACAGCUUAUAACACCUUUUAUAUAAGUUUAUAAUGUGUAGUCUGCGAAGUACCUAAAGUAAUUAGCAAUGAAGCAAUGAAAAGGUGCUUGAUUCUAAGACAAGUAACUAAGAAUUCAGCAAGUGAACUGAAGAAGGGGAUUGCUAUGUUACAAUCUAUAUUGAAACUGUUGAAAGUUAUUUUUAUUGUGUUUUUUUUUUUUUCCACAAUGUGCUAAACACAGCCAUCCCUCUAGAACUGUGGUGCCUGAUUUCUGUCUCCUUAUUUUGAAGGUGUGGGAGAACCACCAGGCAUUUGGAUUUUUUAAGAAAUGCUCAUCGCAAUGGCAAAAACAUUUCCUGUUGUUUAACAAGAGUUGUAGCUUCAAAAGUGUUGCAUGAGUUAGGAUGGAUUAUGUCAUUUUAAUGUAUUAAAAACAAAGGAAAAUCCAAACAACUGUUGUAUGAAUCAAACUUUUUUUUUUGUUUGUAAAUACAUAGUUUAAAUAAACUUUUGCUGUUCCUAGGAAUCAAAGCCAGAUGUAAAUGCUAACUUGGAUUUACCUUCUGUGCUGGAAUAUGCAAAGGUUAUUCAUUUUUUUUUUUAACUUUGAUCCUAAAUUAUAGGAGACUAAAGCUUUCUUUGGUCUGUAGGAUACUUUGGAUAUACACUCCACGACUUGGGGGAUUUCAUCUCCAAGAUACCUGCAUGUAUAAUUACAUGUGAGCAUAAAAAGACAUACCCUUUGUACCCUUUGUCCACUAAAUAACCUGUUACAUUUAUUGUCUAAUGGAAUAGUCUUUUAUUUAAGAUACUUAAUGAUUCUAACUUGUAUUUUUCCUAUUCAAACAUAAUUGUUUUCAGAGUUUAAAAGGUCUGUCUGAUAUGAUGAUAGUUUCCUAGGGGAGAGAAAAAUCCUGCAAGUUUCAGAUCUUAUUUUGCUGUUGUUCAUAAAGAAAAACUCCCUAAAGAGUUAACUGUUGUUUACCUUGAGACAUAUGAAGUGUUGAAAAGAUGUAACUUCUGAUUGUAUCUUAAAGGGCUAUUCAUAUAAACUGAAUGGUUUUCUUAUUUAAAAAUGUCUUGUUUGUUAUGACGAUUUUACACAAAGAGUUGCCUAAAAAAAACUUGAGUGAUGAUAUAAGCAAAUUAUUUUAGACUAUUUGGUAAUUAGAUUCUUUCAAAGCUAAGAGAGCUAAGAAAAAAAAUACAUUACUUCUGUUUUGUAAUAACCAUUUGGCAAGUGAUAAGAAUUUUUUUUCUUUAUAGACUUACCCAGUUGGCAUACUUUUUUCAAAGAUUUAGAAACAUUAGAAAUAUAUUUUUUUAAAUCGACCACAGUACAGAUUGUGUUACCAUUCAUUUUUGGUGAUGACAUUCAUUUUUAUUUUUAUUUUUCAUACAUUUUGCAAUGCUUCUUGAGCCAAAAAAUUCAUAAUUGUAAAAGUUUGAUUUUCAUUUUUAAAAUAUUCUAUUACUUCUCAAGUUUUCUGUUGAAGGAGUUAACAGUGAGAAAAGGGGGGGGGGGGGGGGGGGGCGGACUCCUAACUUAACCAAAACAGAAGAAAAGGGUUAAAAUAUUCAGUGAACUGAUUCAGUCUUGUGGAUUCAAUGCAAAGGUAUUUGAUGCAUGACAGAACUCAUGCAGCUAAGACAUUUUAAAAUGGAGACUCCUACCUCAACAGCUGUCAUAAUUUUAAGAGACUUGGUGUUUUAUGUCUGUGUAAUGUUCAGAUACUCUCAUUUAUUGUAGAAUGUAAAAAAAAAAAAAAACACACUUUGGGCUUUAAAUGUUGUAGGCCUUUGUUCUACGUAUUUUUGACAGAUGAUCAUUAUUUAGAGUAGAUUGUGAAAUCUGUCUUUUUUUAAAAGCAAAAACAAAAUCUACUUUAAUGAAUAGCUGCAUUGCAUUUGGAUCUUUAUAGAUGUGAAUUUCAUCAAAUUAUUCCUUGCACUGUGAUACACACUCCUUUCCCAAGAAUCUUCUUUUAGUAAGUAAUGUUGGACAAAAACUUGAAAGAGAUCUAACAGUGAUCCCUCAGUCAAUGAAAUUGAGAGGUGGUGCAAUUUUCAUUUAAAGUGAAUCCACUGUUAAGAUCAGUCUUGAUUUCUGAGCUGCUUGGAAAGCAUUGUAUAUUUUAUAAAUGUACUGGUUUUCUGACAGAAAGCACUGUAAAUACCACUGUCUCUUAAAUUAGCUUUCUGUCUUUGCCAUUAAAGUAUAAUUUGAUUUCCAGAGAGGUGGAAGAAAAGGUCAAAUGCUACCUAGCCUUAAGUGUUUCUGUCAUUGCUCAAGUGUAUUUUCUGUAACAGAAACAUAAUUGGAAUGUUUUUCUUUCCCCUAAUAAAUUGUAAUUCUUAAAAUAUUGCUGCUUUGAAAAGUCUCAGAUUACAGAAACAGAUUAUAUGAUCUAAGCAACUGAAUAAUGUAAAUACACUUGUCUUACCUCUCAAUAAAAAGGUAAUUUUAUAUU